GUGUCCCAACCUGCCGAGUUUCUUGCAAUCACACGUGGUAGCAUCUCAGUAUCUCAGUUGCGCCUGCAACCAUCGCGAGGCUACUAAGUCGAGACAACGAGACUCGGCGAAUUCAAUCAACAUGUUUGACGGCGCUCAUUAUAUAGGCAUCGAUGUGGGCACGGGCUCAGCACGAGCUUGCGUUAUCAACGACAAAGGAGACAUUGUCGGUCUAGCAAGCGAGAAUAUUCAACUAUGGCAGCCGCAGACGGGACACUAUGAGCAAUCAACCACCGACAUCUGGAAAUGUAUCUGCUCCAGCGUGCACAGAGCGAUGCGAGAGAAAAAUAUCGACCCCAGCUCCGUCAAAGGUCUCGGCUUCGAUGCGACAUGCUCUCUCGCCGUCUUCAGCCACGAUACCGACGAGCCCGUAUGCGUGACAGGACCCAAGUUCGACAACGCGGACGGUAACGAUCGGAAUAUCGUUCUAUGGCUGGAUCACCGACCAGUCGAGGAAACGAAGUUGAUCAACGCCACCAAUCACCCGCUCCUGAAAUACGUCGGCGGCCAGAUGAGCAUUGAAAUGGAGGUUCCCAAGGCCUUGUGGUUGAAGAAUAACAUGCCCAAGGCUUUGUUCGACCGCUGCAAGUUUUUUGACUUGGCCGAUGCGCUGACGCACAUGGCUACCGGCAAUGAGAGCAGAUCGCUGUGCUCGGUUGUUUGCAAGCAGGGCUAUGUCCCGCUUGGAGUCGAUGGUAGCAUCAAGGGCUGGCAGGAGGACUUUCUCGGUCAAAUUGGCCUGGCAGAUCUUUGCGAGGAUGACUUUAAGCGGAUGGGGGGAGUUGAUAGGGUGAACGGCCACUAUCUCACGGCCGGAGAGCGAGUCGGCGGGCUUUCAGAAAAGGCAGCAGCAGAGAUGGGCCUUCCAGCCGGCAUUGCCGUCGGCAGCGGCGUCAUUGACGCCUACGCAGGCUGGAUAGGUACCAUUGGAGCCAAAGUCGACCUAGGAGAGUAUGCAGAGCAGAGUGCCGGCACAAAUCAUAGCGUUUCACAAGCGUUCAACCGCCUUGCAGCAGUGGCAGGGACAUCGACGUGUCAUCUUGCCAUGAGCGAGAAGCCGGUGUUUGUGAAGGGGGUCUGGGGCCCGUAUCGCGAUGUUCUGGUGCCCGACUUCUGGAUGGCGGAGGGCGGACAGUCUGCUACGGGAGAGCUGCUGAAACAUGUGAUUGAGACGCAUCCUGCGUACGCCGAUGCAAUGUCGACGGCGCGGGGUAAGGAUCAGAAUAUCUACGACUUUCUCAAUGGGGUGCUCGAUACGAUGAAAACAAAGCAGCAGGCGCCCGCGGUGAGCUAUCUAGGCCGUCACCUCUUCUUCUACGGCGACUUCUUCGGGAACCGCAGUCCCGUGGCGAACCCGGAUAUGGCGGGAGCAGUCAUUGGUCUGACCUCCGACAAGAGCAUCGACAGUCUAGCACUGCACUACUACGGGGCAAUGGAAUUCAUCGCCCUACAGACCCGGCAAAUCAUCGAAACGAUGAACGCAGCCGGCCACGCCAUCACCUCGAUCUUCAUGUCCGGCUCGCUAUGCCAAAACGCAAUCCUGAUGCACCUCAUGGCGACGGCAUGCGACGUGCCCGUCGUCAUUCCGCAAUACAUUAGCGCCGCUGUUGUUCACGGGGCGGCAAUGCUAGGUGCCAAGGCUGCGAGCACGGAUGCCAAUGGCAAGUCGGAACCCCUGUGGGAUGUCAUGGAGCGCAUGUCGAAGCCUGGGACGGCGACGUAUCCGGGGAAAGAGGCGGGCGAGAAGGCGCUGUUGCAGGCGAAGUAUAAGGUGUUUUUGGAGCUGUGCGAGAGCCAGCAGCGGUAUCGCAGGGAGGUCGAUGAUGCUGUUAGGGGAUGGAAGGGGAGUGGAGCAGCCUGAUGGAUGCUGGCGCGCAAGGCUGUGAUGGGCUGGGCUUCCACCGAGCAGAGGCGGAAUCAGACUGCCUGUAUACAUUUCACGCGUGCCUGGUACAUGGUAUAUGAUAGGCUCAGAAUCCGAGCACCCAGCAGGCUUCCAACUUUUCCGACAUAUG